UCGUUUGCGAAUUUGACAUCGCGAGGUGUUUCGAUCUGGUACCGGCGGGCAGUUUUGAUGUUUUGGUCAACUUUAAGAAGAAUCUACUUGGCUUGUGGGUUUGAUAACGGCUGAGCGUUUCUAGCAGAGUCAUGUCGCAGAGCCUGCACGAGCUUGUGCACGAGGCUGCCCGCGUGCACGGUGAUAAAAUUGCUGCCGUUUUCGACACCGGCGAUGCUGCGAGGACCUGCCUGACCUACGAGGAACUGAUCGCUUUCGUAAAUGAGUUAUUGGAAAAACUGAGAAUCUCCGUAGGACAGGAUGAACGUGCCGUAGGUGUCUUCUGUCAUGCAGACAUCUUCCUUCCAGUCUGGAUCAUCAGCGUUCUGCAGCUGCCUGCUGCCUACGUCCCUCUUGAUCCAGUCUCACCACCCCUGCUUACCCUCAGAAUCAUGGACAGGUGUAAUUUGAGGUUCUGCUUGAUACAAAGCAGUCUGCUGCAACAGUUCCAGAGUGUGUUUUCCGGUUUACUCUCCAUGGAAGUGUGUGCAACGUGGUCAACACAUAAUCUUGCUCUAAUAAAGAUGCAGAGAAAGUUGAUCUCAUCUGAAGGGAACGAUGGAACACAGACUGUAGACGAUCACAUAUCACAGAACAAGCAAGAAGCAAAGCAGCAUCUCAGUGCUGCUGUGCCUACAGGCACCCACCAGGGGGAGCAGUUAGCUUAUGUUCUGCACACAUCUGGAACCACAGGUCUUCCUAAAAUAGUGAAAGUUCCCCACAACUGUAUUGUGCCUAAUAUAAUACAUCUCAGAUCUCUGUUUAAAAUGACCGCAGAGGAUGUUGUAUUCCUGGCAUCACCAUUAACCUUUGACCCAUCAGUGGUGGAGAUGUUUUUGGCCCUGACUUCUGGAGCUUGUCUUCUGAUGGUUCCCUCUGCUGUGAAAAGAAUGCCUGGAAGACUGGCUCGUUUGUUGUUCAAGCAAAACUCAAUCACCGUCUUACAGGCUACACCAACUCUAAUACGGCGCUUUGGUGUGCAGAUCUUGCAGGAGGAGGUGCUUAGUGCAGGCUCCUCUUUGAGGGUGCUGGCUUUAGGAGGAGAGGCAUUUCCAUCACUAGCUCUCCUCGGGAGCUGGAGACAGGAGGGGAAUAAGACAUGCAUUUACAACCUCUAUGGAACGACAGAAGUUUCUUGUUGGGCGUGUUGCUAUGAACUGCCAAACAGCCACCACCCUUCAGACAACAUGUCUGAUGCCUCUGUGCCUCUUGGGGAGCCUCUGAUGGACACUGCUGUAGAAGUGAGAGAUGAUGAAGGGCAUCUUGUCACCGAAGGAGAGGGACAGGUCUUCAUAGGUGGUCAGGAGAGGGUGUGUCUGUUAGACGACGAGAGGAGCACUGCCAAAGGAACGAUGCGUGCUACAGGUGACUGGGUGUUGGUGAGGGACUCGGACCUUUAUUACCUGGGCAGAAAAGACCGACUAAUCAAGCGCCAUGGUCAGCGGGUACACCUUGAUGCACUGCAACAGGCUGCAGAGAGCUUGCCUCAGGUCGAUGCUUGUGUGAUGGGUCUGCAUGAAGGCAGCAGGCUGGUGGCUUUUAUAGUGCCCACAACUUACAGUAAGGCCAUGUACUCAUCUGAAAGGGGUGAUCUCCAAGAGCAACAUGGCUCCAGCUCCACUGGUGGUCCUGCUGAUGUCUCCAAAGAGGGCUCAUUUUCCUCCCAAACUUUAGAGAAGGAGGUGCUUCGAGGGCUGUCUCAACUUUUGCCCAGUCACGGCAUUCCAGAUGCUGUACUGUUGGUUCAUGCCCUGCCACUCACUAAUCAUGGGAAGGUGGCCAUGGACAAGCUGAUGAGAAUGUAUGAGAAACAGAGAGAGGUCUGCGGUAACCACACCACAUGGGGGGACACGGAGACAGUGAGAAAAAGACUGCAGGCACUAUGGAAGGAAUGUCUGGGUCUUGCUGAUGACGCUGCAGUUGCUGAGGAUGCCCACUUCAUGUUAAGCGGUGGGGACUCCCUGCAGGCCCUGCGCCUCUUUGAUUACAUAACAGUUGCUAUGGGAACAACCUCACCUGGUCUGUUGGAAGUUCUUCUAGACGGCUCUUUUUCAGAUGUUUUGAAACACCUCACCACAACAACACGAUGCAAUAUUACUCACUCAGCCAAGAGACCACAUGAAGAUUCUGGUUCUGUUGUUCCAUCUAAGAGGUACCACAUAGAUGAAGCCUCCAGUGUAAUCUCUGAAAAUGUCAUAGCUCCAGUGGUUUCCUCAGUGAUGGGAACUGUGGGAUUUGUAGUUGUGAGGAGAGCUGGACAGGUUCUAGAGUGGGAUUACUCUCAAAGCAGAGAAGAAGGCAAACAAACAGAAACCGGUUGUAUCAAAAACAGGACGAUUAACGAGAGGACAGAAUCCGGCUCCUCAUCUGUGAGCAAAGCCAGUGAGGCAGAUCAAACCAAUUCCUCUGUAAGAGGAAAAGAUCUGGACCCUCCGAAGCAAGCUGACAUUUUUCACGUUAACAGAGACGGUCCACCUGGAGAGGAGCACAAUCAGCAUACUGAUCAAGGAAGUGGGGAUACUUCACAGUCAGGCACUAUAAUAGAUGGCCAACCUCUGAGCCUCCAGGUCCUGUGGAGUUCCGACACGGGUAGAUGUGUGGACGCCUCACCUGUGCUCCUGGUGGGUUCUGACCGCACUACUGUGUUUAUAGGCUCUCACUCGCACAGGCUGCAGGCUCUGGACCUGACCAGUGGAGAAGUAUUCUGGGAGCGAGUGUUAGGGGACAGACUGGAAUCGUCUGCUGCUGUCUCAAAAUGUGGAGCUCUGCUGGCAGUAGGUAGUUAUGAUGGACAAGUGUAUUUCCUACGUGUGGACUCAGGGCAGACAUGGUGGGUGUUUGAGACUGGAGAUGCAGUGAAGAGUUCCCCCACUGUAGACCCUCAGACUGGUCUGUUUGCUGUUGGUUCCCAUGAUGGACAUGUUUAUGCACUAGAACCACUGACAAAACGCUGUGUGUGGAAGCACCAUUGUGAGAGUGGUGCAGUUUUUUCAUCUCCCUUUGUCCACUCCUCUCCCAGGCGACUGUAUGCUGCCACACUCGGAGGGCAGCUCCACUCUCUCUGUCCAGACAGUGGCGAACUCCUGUGGAAGUAUUCUAGUGAUGUUCCAUUUUUCUCCUCUCCUUCCUGUUCUGACUCAUGUGUCUGCAUUGGCUCAGUGAACGGAGACAUUAGUGCAUUAAGCCAUGAAGGAAAAGUGUUAUGGAACUUUCGCACGGCUGGACCCGUCUUCUCAUCACCAUGCUUAGCACCAGUGCCACCUACAACCAGCCGGAAAACAGGAUGUGGAGCGUAUGACAGUGGCGAGUCACCAUCUCAAGCAGUUGUUUGCGGGUCACAUGACUGCUUUGUUUAUGGCUUGAACACUUUUGACGGAUCGUUACUGUGGCGGUUCCAGACUACAGGCAAAGUUUACUCCAGUCCAUUUGUUUUUGAUGGUACUGCUUGGGGCAUAAGAACACUGGUAGUGGUAGCUUCAACUGAUGGGACAGUGUGGGUCCUAGAUGGAGAACAGGGAACCCUGAAGGCCUCUCUCUCCUUGCCAGGGGAGCUGUUCUCCUCCCCUGUUGUGUGGGGUCACAAGAUAGUAGUGGGAUGUCGGAAUGACUAUGUAUACUGCCUGGAACUCACAAAGAAACAACACAAAAAUUCCUGAUUGGAAAAAUAUAUUUACUGACUAAAAUGUAUAGCUGUGUAAAAUGUUCUAAGACAAAAAAUGUGUGUGUG